AUGGUGACUGAGGGAGUAGUUCUUGUUCAUAUUGUAUCUGAUAAUGGUGUACACGUAGAUAAAGCUAGAGUUUCUAUGAUUGAGAAAUCAGCUCCUGUAGUUAAUGUUAAGGGGGUUAGAAGUUUCUUAGAUCAUGCGGGGUUUUAUCAUCGGAUCAAGCAGGCUUUGUUAUUGGCACCUAUCAUAUGUGCUCCCAAUUGGGAUCUUUCUUUCGAGAUCAUGUGUGAUGCCACUUUGAAAUAUUUAAUAGCCAAGGCAGGAUCAAAGCCUAGGCUCCUCCGUUGGGUUCUCUUGCUCCAAUACUUUGAUGUGGAAAUAAAGGACAAUAAAGGUGCAGAGAACAUGGAUUAUUACACAGGUGUGUUCCUGAAAGGGAAGUUCACGAUGUACUUACGAGAUGCCACAACUCACCGUAUAGAGGACAUCAUGGUCCCACCAAAACAGUUUAUAAGAUCAAUGAUUCAGGAUUCUACUGGCCUACCAUGUUCAAGGAUGCUAAUUCUUUUGUGCAGGCUUGUGACUCUUGCCAAAGGAAUAUCAACAUCUCGCGGCGGCAUGAGAUGCCUCAAACAGGUGGUCCAUAGGCUUUUUAAGAAAACCAUCUUUCCCAGAUUUGGAGUACCUAGAGCGAUAAUUAGUGAUGGAGGAUAUCACCUUAAUGAGCGGAAGUUAAAUACCCUUCUCAAGAAGUAUGGUGCAUACCAUAGGACAGGUUUAGCCUACCAUCCCAAAACUAGUGGCCAAGUUGAAGUUUCUAACCGUGAAAUCAAGACCAUCCUAGAGAAGGUGGUAGCAAAAUCUAGGAAAGAUUAUAGUAAUAAGUUGGAUGACACCCUUUGGGCUUAUAGAACCACUUUUAAGACCCUUAUUAGUACUUCAUCCUAUAGACUUUUGUAUGGUAAAUCAUGUCACCUUCCAGUGGAAUUAGAGUAG